GGUUGUGAUAUGUUAUUCUAUUUGCUUAUUUGUAUUUCUCUCUAUGUUUUUUGCUUGAACUGUCGAUGAUGAUAUUGUCUGGAAAAAGCCAACUUGUAAGGGUUCUGUAGCGUAUACUUUUCUUGUAUGAAGUGAAUUGUAGCCCACAGCAGAUCGAACACUUCCCAUUCUUCCAAUUUGAGUUGUACCUAGAAUUAGUUUUAAUUUUUAAAUUUGUAGUUAUGUUGAGAAACUUAUUUAUUCUUCAUAACUUGUGAUCAAUGAUCUUGUUAUGACCCACAAUAUUUGCCUUAACACAGUUUUGUCUUUUUAAUUGCAUGAUAACAUUUGAGGUCAAUAUAUAUGCAUGUUUUUAGUGAAAUCAUGUGUAAGGUGGUCAACUGAUAUAAUGCUUGCAGUACCAGUUGUUUUCCGCUCUGUCGUUUCUCCCUCAUUGGUUCAUUUCUUUCAGGAAAUUUAUUCUCAAAUGUUUUCCUAUUCUUCCACAAACAGAGGGUGCACGAUAUAGUUAAAAGAAUGGAUUGGACAAAAGGUAAAAUCUGCAGGAAAACAAUAAGAAUGAGCUAGAGAUAUUAGAAAAGCAGAGGCAUGAUGAUUUCUUGAGCAUGUUGAGGGGAUAUAUUGUUAAUCAGAUGUAGAAAUUUGAAGGAGAUGCAAUGGGAUAAAGCCAGAUGCUGAUUAUGUUGUGGAGGUUGCUGUGUCUUCACUGAAAACAACAAAACUGGUGCAAACUUAAAGGGUUUCCAGGGUGUUUCUGCAAUAAAGGGGCUAAUCCGGAUCAUUUUAAUGGUGCUCAGUAAUGGUAUAUGGUCUUAAAAUUCAGCUACACUUUGUACAUCCCUCUUCGAAGCAAGGAGACAUGUCGGGGGAUCAUUUGGACCAUUGUGAUUGCAACAUAUUUGGGAAGAUAAAAUGAACAUCGUCUUUUCUUUUCAUGCCAAUCAACUGGAUAAAAGCUUAUGAAGAAGGGUGCCAUACUGCCACUUUAAUUUCGUUUGUACUUAUUUUUGUUCAUUUUGGAAUUUCCUUAGCUAGCGUGUGUUUUGUUGUUAUUGAGACUCCAAUAGUACCCAAUUGUAUUGAGGGUAUUCCCCUCUUUUCUUUUAUCAAACAAGGGUGUUGUGUGAUCCGAAGAUUUCGCCCAAGAUGAGAGGUAAGUUCUACCGGUUCGUAGUCAGACCUGCUAUGUUAUAUGGGGCAGAGUGUUGGGCAGUUAAGAUGACUCAUGUGCGUCGUCUGCAUGCGGCGGAGAUGCGGAUGUUACGAUGGAUGUGUGGGAAGACAAGGUUGGAUAGGAUUUCGAACGAAGUUAUUCGACGUCAGGUAGGCAUGGCGCCGGUGGAAGAUAAGCUGCGGGAAGCGAGGUUGAGAUGGUUUGGUCAUGUGAGACGGCGGAAUGCUGACGCCCCUGUACGGAGAUGCGAAAGGAAUAUGGUCAUCGAGGGAAGUAGGGGAAGGGGUAGACCUAAGAAGAAUUGGAAGGAGGUGAUUAAUCAGGAUUUAGGACUUCUCACCCUGACUGAGGAUAUGACUUUAGAUAGGAACCUUUGGAGAACUAGGAUUAGAGUAGCUGGUUAGGGGCCCGGUGCCUCAACGGUUAUUUGUAGUGUGUUUUGUUUGGUUGGAAUCCUUUGCUUUUGCUUGCAGGACUUUCAGUCAAUUGUACUUGGUGUUUUAUCUGUGUUUUAUUGUGUCCUAUCAUAUUUUUUGCGCAAGUUGGAGCCGGG